AUGUCACCACUUCUGCUGGAAAUGCAAUACUCAAAUAUGAAAUCAAAUAAUGAAUCGUACAAUUUCAUCGAACGAAUUAAUAAUUUGGCAUUGGUUCAAGCAAGCGCUGAUUUUGCGACAGAUUUGAUCAAUUCAAGGAAGCUUUAUUAUAUGAAUAUUUCAACAAAUUUUAGAAAACUGAUAAUUAAUCUGAAACAAACUUAUCAACGAGUAAAUAAUUCAAACACUGAUAAUAAUGAAACAAAUUCUAAAAUGAUGAAAGUGAUUCACUCUAACUUACAACAUUUAACUUAUCGAAUUGCUGCGACCACUUUUACCUCUAAAGUAAAUAAACUGCCAUUUGGCACUAACACUAACAAAAGUAUAACUUCCAGAAGAAAAGAAAUCAUUUUUGAGACAAUUGAAGCUAAUGACGAUGAAAAUGCAUCAACAUCUGGACUGAAGGAUAUAGCUUAUAAAAGAAAUAAAAUUAAUAUCGAAUUAAAAUUGCAAAUCGAUAUGCACAAAAGAAAUGCAAUAAAAAAUAUAAUUAAUGCAAUGAUUACAAUCAGUAAUUCAGUACAGCAAUUCAAUAGCAAAGCACACUCGGAUGCACGACAAAUGCUAAAGAGUAUUCAUCGAGCAGAGACAAUUGCGCUCGAAAUGAAAUAUAGUAAAAAACUAAGUGACGAGCAGUCACAGUGUGUCACAAGUAAUUUCAGUGCUUGCAUUCGUUUUGCGCAUCGAAUUGUGAGCAAUAUUUCUGCAUUAAUUGAAAAUAUAGAAAAAAUCAUUGCAUAUCUGAAAUUAAAUGAAAUUAAAUUACUAUUAUUAGAUAGAAAUAGUGAAUUACAAUUAAGUUUAAUUAAUUUUGAAAGUAAACUUUGUGAUAAUUUGGCCGAAUUUGACAUUAUCAUUGAUGCUAGUGAAGCAGCAAGUGAUUUAUUUGAAAAUACUGAACUUGAGUCACUUUUUUAUUUGCCCACUCGAGAAGUAAUCAGAUGUGAAAAGAUAUUUUAUAAUCAUUUAUCAGAAUUUGUUUCAUUAUCACGAAACUUUAGCGAUGCAUGGAAUGCUAAUGAUGCAUUUGCUGAUAUGUUACAAUAUUUACUUAUUUUUAUAAUGAAUGAUGAUGAUGAUAAUGAUGAUAAUGAUUAUAAUGGUGGUAAUGAUAAUGAUAAAAAUGAUAAUGCUAGUGAUAACUUUUGUACUAUUAUACCGAAUGGAACUAAUCUUGAAUGUGCAUCCACUGAUAAUAAUGAUACUCAAAUAAGUGACACUAAUUUAUCAUUCAAUUAUCAGUCAAAUGUAACUGAAGAAUUAAAAGAUGAAAUUUCAGAAGAAAUUAUUUCAAAAAAAACAACGAAAACAAAAUCGAAGAAAAAAAUAAAUAAAUCUAAAAAGAAGAGACGAAGAUAA